AUGCCCCUCAAAAAGGCCACUCGUGCGACGAGGUCGACGCGCACAACAAAGGCGUCCUCGAAAGCGUCAUCGGAUGCUGUGCUGGACGAGAAUAUCGACGCAACAAAUGUCAUUGACGCCAAGAAGAAGACCGCGAAAAGCACAGCAGAGCCCAAGAAGGUGCUCGGUGAGCGCAAUGCGCCCAACAGUGACGCCUUAGACGCCGCCCCUGCCUCUUCAAAGACACAAUCGUCCAAAUCGAAAGCAUCAUCAAAGACGACAAAGUCGAAGAAGGUCCAGUCUGCUACCACCGAUGACUCACGAGCAACAACACCGGUUCCCUCGUCACCAACCAAACGUCUGCCGGAGGACCAAAUCCGCGCCUUCCUGUCGAACUACGACCUCGAAACGCAAGCGCGGACAUCACGCCUCCGCGCAUCGCUCGAGAUGUCCAUCCAGUCCGCCACCACACGCAUGCGCUUGGCCAUCGAACGCAUUCCCCGUGCAGUCCGCGAUCUCAGCCUCGCCGACUUCAUCGAUCAGUACGGCGCCAACAUUCACGCCUUCAUGUCCAACGCACCCGUCUCUCACCUCGCCGAGACACAGCAGGAAUGGGACCAGAUCCGCGAGGAACGCUCACCCGCAAAGGCCAAACGGAGCAAAACCGAGGAGGCGAAGCGAACAGCGGGGAGAACAAGAAAGCCGACAAAGGGCAAAACGGCAGCCCCAUCCUCCCCCCUCCCGACGAAAGGGAAGGCACCCAGUCUGGACAGCUUCAAACCCGACCUUCCCAAGGAAGCCCUCAAAACACCCAAACCCAGAAUGGCCAGACCAGGAGAGGUCAUCACUUGGCAGAGUAUCAAUGGUUCGCCGAUAUGCGGGAUCAUCGGCGAAGAUGGCGUAGUCAGACCCGUUCAAUUUGCUUAG